AUGAAAACAGCGCGACCGAGGCUCUGCCAGAAGAGGGCGCUCCAGAGAGUGUUGUUUCCAGCUCAGGAAAAUCACUCACUGGAGGCUGAAGCCCGAUUUGACUCAUCAAAGCGAGACAACAAGCCUCUGGUGCGAGGGGCAUCCUCCAGCCAACAGAGCCUGUCCCUGUCCCAGUCUUUGCUGCCAGACAUCCCAGUGCAGUGUGGUGUGGAGGCCAGAGGGUCUCCUGGGGACCCCCUGUCAGACAGAGAGGAGCUGGAGUUUCCUCACGACUUACUGCCCAGCCUUGACUUCAGCAGCGAACUCAACAUCUGGGAGUCAUCACUCGGAAAGCAGAAUAGAGCAGGCCAGACACAGAGGCCAUGUGAGCAGGUGACCCCUCUGCUGGUGGGUCUGCAGCAUCACAUGGAGGCUGUUGAUACGAGGCCAGACCACAGCGCCCCAGAGUUCCUCACAGAUGCCUCGACUGCUGCUGCCCCAAAUCCACCCAUACACACAGCCACACCCUCCUCUGAGAUAGACAGAGAGCUUCAAGAUGCAUUCCAGGAAUGUGAAGAGCAAAUGGCUUCAUUAGAAAAUAAAGCCCCGGCUGACGUGUAUCAAGCGGACACAAUGAACUGGAUCACAGCUCUAAGAGAGGCAGCCAUGCAGUCUGAACAAGAGAGCACAGUGGAGACAGCAAGACCCCUCCCAUCUCUGGAUUCUCCUCUGCAGGACUUUCAUACUCCAACUGAAGACACAUCUGGUCCAAAAUCACAAGAGAAGACCCCACCAGCGCCUGCAGAGAAAGAUAAAUCACAAAUAUUACCUCUGGAGAAAUCAGUUGUGGAGGUUGAACCAAUCAAGAAAGAGGAAACUCUUAAAGCACUAGUGUCAAAAGAACCGCUGUUGCCUAUAGAACAAGUGACAGCUGAAGAUCUGCCAAAGGUUGACAUCCCAAAAGUCAAAAGUGAAGAAGUCCAGAUCCAACCAGAUCCCGUAGUCGAGGCCACAACCGCACGCACAGAGCAGAAGCCAGAGGGGUCUUUGGAAAAACAUUUGGACAGCCAAUCCCUGAAGCGCCCAGUGGGUCCUGCUGAGCUGCAGAACAGUGGGCCGUUUCAAAUCAGUGCUUCUUCCCCUGCUCCUGCACCUGCACGUGCUCCUCCCGCUUGCGCAGACUUCCCCACUCCUCCCCCCACACUCCCGAAGACACACUCACCUGAAGCUCCUCCUGCAUCACCUCAAUCUUCUCCACCUCCUCCUGACCCUGAACCCAUCCCCGAAUGCACAGCUCCAUCUGCUGCACCCCACCACCCAAACUUAAGAAGCUCGGAUUCAGAUGGUGCCUUUGAGACCCCUGAAUCGACCACUCCAGUGAAGGCGUUGUCUCCUGCAGAAACUCCAAACCAGCAACCUGGAACUGGUGAGCAAGUAAGGGACUCUUCCAUCAAUAACUCUGUCUCUGACUUGCCUUUUGAACGCUCCUGCAACUCCCCCUCUUUUGAUGAGGAUAGACCCAUUGCAGCCAGUGGGUCCUAUAACCUUGACUCCAAUCUGACCCGCUCCCUCAGUCUGCAGGCAGGAGAACUAGACCACCCAGACGGCCAUUUUGGAUCUCCAGGGUUCCGACCACAUUCUGAAUCUUUCUCUGUUGGAAGUGGGAGCGCCCCAGGAACUCUCCAUCGGCCUAAAAAGAUAGUCAGAGGUGGUUCGCUAAAAAAGAAGCCUAUUUUACGUCAAAACUCUAAUCCGGAAAGCGCAAAAUCUGCGUCAUCUAGCAGCACACCUGAGAUUUUAAAAAGAGCAAAACCACGUACGGCCAGUCCCUUGCAACCUCAAGAAGAAGGGGAGACUAUUUCUGCCACUCCAAGUCCUGGCGGGACACUGAGGCGGACCAGGAAGAACCGCGUUGUGACCCCGCCUCCUUUCGCUGAAGAGGCAGGGGCAGCUUUGCCCUUGUGCAAAGAGGAGCCUCCAGUCUCAAAAAGUCCAAACCCCAACGAAGAGUCCCCCAUCCCGCCCAGUGGUGCCUACAAAUGGGACCCAGAUAAUAUUGAGAAUAUCAAUCCCUUCAAAACAGGGGGGAGUAAAAUUGCCAAUUCUCCUGUGCUUGGACGUAAAGAUAUUUGUAGCGUGGAACCAAUACCCUCAGAAAGUCCUUCUGUAGACCCGCUUCCUGACACAGAUCUGUCUAAAGAGCCUAUUUCAAACCCUGACGAGCAGGCGAUCUUGCCAAACCGUCAAGGCGUAAGGCUGGAGUUUGAUUACUCAGAAGAGAGCGGUGAGGCGGCCCAGCAGGCGACCCCUCCACCCAAAAAGCUGGGCAAAAAGCCUGGUGCCAAAAUGCCUCUACGGAGACCAAAGCUUGGACUGAAAAAAGCUACUCCGACACAUCCUGAGAAGUUGGACAACAAUCUUUCAACCAAUGGGAAUGACGAAGAAAUCCCAGUGCCCAAAGUUUCCUACAACUUUGAUGAAAAGUGGGACGAUCCUAAUUUUAAUCCGUUUACCUCUAAAAAAGGCAUUGGCAACUCCCCCAAAUUAUCCCGGCCCAGUCACAGUUUUGACCCCAAUAACUUUGACGACUCCAUAGACUCCUCAAAUAAAAUCAUCAACUCGCCUCCAAAGGCCUCUGCAUCGUUCGAACUGUCGGAAAAUGACAAUGAUGUUGAGAAUGACAAUGACAAUAUUGGGGAAUUACAAGACCAAAAUCAGAAUAAACCUGCCAAGAAGAAGAAAACUCCCAUUAAAUCUAACACUUUCAGAGUCAAGAGGUCUCCAAAGAAAUCACCAGUGUCAGAACUGGCUCAGGACUCCACAGAAGAGCCCACCUCAAAUCACGCACAAGACGACCACGCCACAGACGAAGAGAAGCUGGCCUCCUCCUCAGGACACAAGUGGAGCGCGCUGCAGGGAGUAGACGCAGAUCUAAAGUCCGAAAAGCAGGACUUCCCUCAGCCCUGCGACCUCACCUCUUUUGUGAACGAGAGCAACCUUCCCCGAGAAACGACAGGUGCUGAGUAUGAGAUUGAAUACAUGGAGAAGAUUGGCACUUCUUCACCUCCUCUGUCUGUGAAGAAGCCCUCUUUGUACUUGAAGUUGGACUCCGUUUCUGACAGCCUUAACACUACACAUGGGUCAGAGCCAAACUCGCCUUGCACUGGGAGUUUUGAGGAGAUGGAGGCACAGAUCUCAGCGGACAUGAAGACCCCGGCCCUGAGCUCACGGCCGGGUCCAGAGGGCUGCGCUGGAGACAAGGGCCGCAAGAGAGAGAGCGAAGCAGACGUCAGGAGCAUCGAGCGAGAGGAGCAGCCCGUGGGCCUUGCUCCUGGCCCUGCUCCUGUCCCGGCUCCUGCCCCUUUAGAACAGCUGUCCGAGUGUGGCGACCCGCUGCCGUAUCUGGAGCCUGACCUGGCAGAGACCAACCCCACAGCAUUCGCCCAAAAGCUACAGGAGGAGCUGGUGCUUGCUGCCCUGAGGAUAGAGGCUCUGCAGGUAGCCAAAAACAUCUCUCAGUGCCCCUCCCUCUCCACUGUAACCCCCCAGUCCUGCCCCAAGAAACCCAGCACUCGUCGAUGGAAUAUCAAUGGGUCGCCUCUUAUAAAACGAAAGGAAACGGCUCCAAAUGACGGUUCAGUGUCUAAGAAUUCCCUGUACACCCGGACUACCAGCAGCUACAUUGAGGGAGAGAGCCCCCAUCUCCCCAGCGACAUGGACCACUCGCUGGGAAUUGCACGGGAGGAGAUUGUGGCAAAAGAGAAGGAAGUCCUGGAGUGGCAGAAGAAAUAUGAAGAGAGCCGAGGGGAAGUGGUGGAGAUGAGGCGAAUUGUUGCAGAAUAUGAGAAGACGAUUGCACAGAUGAUCGAGGACGACCAAAAGGAGAAGUCCCUGUCCCACCACACCAUCCAGCAGCUCAUCCUGGAGAAAGACCAAGCGCUCGCCGACCUCAACUCGGUGGAAAAAUCUCUGGCCGAUCUUUUCCGACGCUACGAGAAAAUGAAAGACGUGCUGGAGGGCUUUCGCAAGAAUGAAGAGGUUUUGAAAAAGUGCGCACAAGAGUAUUUGUCGAGGGUGCGGAAAGAGGAGCAGCGUUAUCAAGCCCUAAAGAUCCAUGCGGAGGAGAAACUAGACAAGGCGAAUGCGGAGAUAGCUCAAGUGAGAGUCAAAUCCAAACAGGAGCAGGCGGCGUACCAGGCCACUCUACGCAAAGAGCAGAUGAAGGUGGACUCGCUGGAGCGCACGCUGGAGCAGAAGAACAAAGAGAUUGAGGAGUUGACAAAGAUCUGUGACGAGCUCAUCGCCAAAAUGGGGAAGAGUUAA